AUGAAUGAGUUGAUUGAUGAAAUGAAAAGAAGCAAAGAGAAUAAAAGAAAAAUAAGCUCGGAGAUUGAAAGCGAUAUAGAUUUAACAUCUGAUGAUAUUGAUGAUAGUAAUAGUAAGGAGGGACAGUCUCAUCUUUCAAAAGGUAAAUGGAAGUUGAGAGAAUCUGGAACUGGAAAAUCAGUGGGGGGAUUAAGUAGAUUUUUUGCUUCAAGAACAAUUCAUGGAGCCCAACCUUCAAUUAAGAGUUUUAUGUGUUCGAAUGAGAUGCUUACACAAGCAAAGAUGGCUAUAGCACGCUGGUGGUAUGAUUCUAAUCUGCCUUUUAAUGCAGCUCAAUCCAAGUUUUAUCAACCAGCUAUCGAUGCCAUGACUGCCAUCGGGCAAGGAUUCAAGGGCCCUUCUUUAUAUGAGUUGAGAGGAAAUUUGUCAAAAAUGGCUGUGAAUGAGGUUCAAGAGUAUUUGCAACAAAUUAAGAAGAUUUGGAAUAAAACUGAUUGUACACUAAUGGCAGAUGGUUGGACAAAUCAGAAGCAACAAUUAAUAAUCAACUUUUUAGUUUAUUAUCCGAAAGGUACAAUGUUCUUGAAGUCUGUUGAUACAUCUGGCCUUAGAAAAGAUGCUGAAACAUUAUUUAAUAUUUUUGAUGAGGUUUUUCAAGAAAUUGAAGCUGAGAAUCUUAUGCAGUUCAUAACGGACAAUGAUGCAAGCUAUAAAACUGUAGGAAAAAAGUUACAGCAGAAGUAUGGCUCUUUAUACUGGUCCCCUUGUGCAGCUCAUUGCAUAGAUUUGAUGUUGAAGAAUUUUUCUGAUCCAAGAUAUUUUUCCAUUAUUGAUGAUAAUAUAAAAAAUGCAAAAAAGAUAACAAAGUUCAUCUAUAACCAUGGUUGGGUUUUGGCAUUGAUGAGAAAAGAUUUCACCAAAGGUCAUGAUUUGUGUCGUCCUGCAAUUACAAGGUUUGCGACAAAUUUUUUAAGUAUCCAAUGCUUGCUCUUGUUUAAGAAAGAACUGAGACAAAUGUUUACGUGUGAUAAAUGGAUUGCAUCAAGUCAUUUUAAAAGCAUCAUAGGGAAAGAGAUAGCUGUGAUUGUUUUAGAAGAUAAAGAGUUUUAG